AUGUUAUAUAGAUUCUUGCCAGCUUACAAAAGCAAACAUUUGCUAAAUUCUCUUACUUUCUUGGGGUUUCAUCAUGUAUUGGUUCAUAGUACUGCUGCAAUUUGUACUGAAAAUAACCCGAAAUAUGUUGAGAACAACAAGAAAGAGAUUGAUUUCGAGCUCUUAUUUAGCACAUGUACUGGAAUACAGAUUGCUAGAAAGAUACAUUCCCUCCUUAUUGUGUCCGGACAAAUGCGGGAGUUGAAAUUUGCAGCAAGACUUAUCAAUGUUUAUGCCCAUUUGGGUAAUCUUCCAUCAUCUUCUACCGUUUUUAAGCAUAUGCAGGAAAGGGAUACUUAUACCUGGAACUCGAUGUUGUCAAUUUAUGCCCAAAAUGGGCAAUUUGAUGAAGCUGUUGACUGCUUGUAUGGAAUGCUGUCAUCAACGUGUUCUGAUGUUCGGCCUGACUUUUAUACCUUUCCUCCUCUACUGAAAGCCUGUCGUAAACUCGCCGACGGAGUGAGGAUACAUUGUUUGUCCUCAAAACUUGGUUUGGAAUGGGAUAUUUUCCUGGCUUCUUCACUUGUACACUUGUACUGUCGCUUUGGUCAGCUUGUUAUUGCAGAUAGGAUCUUCAAAGAGAUGCCGUUUCGUGAUAUUGGGUGUUGGAAUUCACUUAUUUCUGGGUUUUGUCAAUAUGGGAAUGCAUCGGAGGCAUUGAGGAUUGUGGAUGAUAUGAGAUUGGAAGGAAUUGAAAUGGAUGCAGUCACUGUUUCAACCAUUCUUCCUGUUUGUGCUCAAAAGAAUGAUAGCGUAGGCGGGUUACUAAUUCAUCUUUAUGCCGUAAAACAUGGGUUGGAAAUUGAUGUUUUUGUGUCCAAUGCCCUGAUUAAUAUGUAUGCUAAAUUUGGGGAAAUAAAAAGUGCUCAAAAGGUGUUUGAUCAGAUGACUAUUAGAGAUCUAGUUUCAUGGAAUUCAAUCAUCGCUGCAUACGAGCAAAAUGAUUUUCCUGAUCAUGCAAUUAACUUCUUUCAUGAAAUGCAACUCACGGGAGAACAGCCAGAUCUGUGGACAUUGGUAAGUAUGGCUUCCAGUAUUGCUCAGACCAGAUGUGCUGUUUCUGGAAAAGCUGUCCAUGGAUAUGUUUUGAGGAGAUUUUGGUUUAGUAAAGGUGUUAUACUUGGAAAUGCAAUCGUUGACAUGUUUUAUGCCCAUGAGUCUAAGAAAUUCAAAGGUAUGGCUGCUGCUGCUAUGGCCAAUAAAAUGCUUGGAGGUUGCAUACUCAUGAGGCUGUGGAUGAUUGAUUUUCCACCAUCACCAACACCAUGGUCAUUUUGGAAUGAUACAGCAAAGUGGCGCUGA